CCCUCCAAAUGUCGCCUUCUUAUUGGGUCGUGGCAACCUUUUUUAACCACGGCACCUCCCUUGCUUUACCGUCUCAUUUCCAUCUCGUUUCCAUCUCUCUCUCUGAUUUCACUCUCUGAAAGAGAGGCCGAGAGGAUCCUCUUCGCGAAUUCGGAGAUUAAAGUAAUUUUUUGGUAUAGCAAAGAUGUCGCCAGCUGACUCUUCACGUGAGGACAAUGUAUAUAUGGCCAAGUUGGCCGAGCAGGCUGAACGUUAUGAGGAAAUGGUUGAGUUCAUGGAGAAAGUUGCAAAGACAGUGGAUGCUGAGGAGUUGAGUGUGGAGGAAAGGAAUCUCCUCUCGGUGGCUUACAAGAACGUGAUUGGGGCCAGGAGGGCUUCAUGGAGGAUCAUCUCUUCCAUUGAGCAAAAGGAGGAGAGUAGGGGAAAUGAAGAGCAUGUUACAAUCAUCAAGGAUUACCGGGGAAAGAUUGAGUCCGAGCUGAGCAAGAUCUGUGAUGGAAUUUUGAGCCUUCUUGAGUCACAUCUCAUUCCAUCGGCCUCAUCUGCCGAGUCAAAGGUGUUUUAUCUCAAGAUGAAGGGUGACUACCACAGGUACCUGGCUGAGUUUAAGACUGGAGCUGAAAGGAAGGAAGCUGCUGAGAGCACCUUGUUGGCUUACAAGUCUGCUCAGGACAUCGCUCUGUCUGAACUUGCUCCUACUCACCCAAUAAGACUUGGGCUUGCACUUAACUUCUCUGUAUUCUAUUAUGAAAUUCUUAACUCGCCUGAUCGUGCUUGCAAUCUUGCAAAGCAGGCAUUUGAUGAGGCUAUAUCUGAAUUGGAUACGUUGGGUGAGGAUUCAUACAAGGACAGUACGUUGAUCAUGCAACUUCUCCGAGAUAAUCUGACUUUGUGGACUUCUGACAUCACGGAUGAUGCUGGGGAUGAGAUUAAGGAAGCAUCUAAGCGUGAGUCAGGUGAGGGGCAGCCCGCACAGCCACAGGAGUGAUAAAUUCAUAGGAUAUGUGGUCUUGUACUUUUAAUGUUGAGACCUUUUACAAAGAUGGCACGUGGGUUGUUGUUGUGUUAGGAUUUCGUAAUGAACUGAUGAUCUUGAGUGCUUACAGCAGCACUUGGGGUUGAAUUGUUCCUUCAAAUAUGAAUGUGCUUUUAAUUUAUUGACGAGAAGAAUGUGGUUUGGUGUUU